AUGACAAAUUAUUUUGAAUAUAUUUGUUAAAUUCAUGAAUAAAUUGAGGUAAUUAUCACAUUGAUUCUAAUCUUUUUUAUUAAGUUCUAGCACUAUCCACAGUUCUAGCUGUAUAUAGUAGAAUAUCUGAUUAAUCAUUUGUUCUUUUUGAGCUCAAUUCGCACACAUUCCUUGAGAAGGUAGAGAAACUUAAUCAAGUAAUUCAUUUCCAAAAAAUUGUCAUAUUCUACGCUAUAUUACUCAUUCAAUAAUCUACCCACCAAACAUCCACAGGAGUUAGAUCCCCCAUUUCGAAAGUCUUAAUACAUAAUAACACUUCAAUAUAAGUCUUUUGAUGAUUUUGCCUAAAAUACUUCCAAAUUUAUUGAACUUCCUUAAAGAUUAUGUGUGAACAUAAUUGAAAUGGUUAAGCAAUUCAUCUUGCUCUUGAGUUCUAGUCUUAUUAGAAUUUAGAAAUUGCACUAUUUCUCCAAUUAAAGUUAGACUUAAUCCUUUUUCAAUGAUUCGGCAAGAAUUCAAUUUAGUGUUGAUAAGACUAUCAAUAUCAGGGUGUGAAUGCAUAGGAACAUUGUAGAAAUACAUAACCAACCGUAAUAAAGGUUUUUCUCUUUGUAGAACUUUAUUAUUGCUUUGAGUACAAUUCAUGAAGGUUUGCUCAUGAAAAUACUCAUAGAAUGAUUCAUCUUUAAAGAACAAACAAAGCUAAUCAGGCCCUAAACUUUUCAUCCUCAAAUUAUAAAAAGUGAUGUUCUUAAUCAAAGAAUAAAAACAGUACUCAAAUAUAAACUAUAAAAUAAAGAAAACAUACUAAUGAAUGAAUUUAAAUACUAUACAGAUAGUAAUUUCAAAUGGCAUUAGUCUAUCAUAAACAAAUCAUUCGCUCGAACAUUUUAAAAAAUAAAAUUUUUAUUAA